AUGCCCACGUGGGGCAUACAGGUGGUGCCGCCUCCCGAAGGGCAGGUGGUGGUCGUUGGGGACACACACGGCCAGUAUCACGACGUCUGUCGCAUGCUAGAGGUGGUUGGCAGCCCAGCCGCAGGCUGCAUGUACGUGUUCAAUGGCGACUUUGUGGACCGCGGCGCCUGGGGCCUGGAGACGCUGGUCCUGCUGGCCUCCUGGAAACUGGCACUGCCGCAGCAGGUGUUCCUGCUGCGCGGCAACCAUGAGAGCGCCACCUGCACCCUCGCCUACGGCUUCAAGGGUGAGCUCGUGGCCAAGUACGGCAAGAGCCACUGGCGGCCUGUGUAUGCGGCCUGUAAGCGGCUGUUCUCCUCGCUGCCGCUUGCUGCCAAGAUUGGGCAGCAGACGCUUGUGGUGCACGGAGGCCUGUUCCGGCGGCAGCCGCAACGAGGCGUUGGCAAAAACAAGCGCAAGCGUGCGCACCCGCUGCUGUAUGGCCUGGACGACGUGACGCUGGGCACGUUGGAGGACUUGGCGCGGGCCACCAAGGGCGGCAUGGACCCCAACGGCCUGGGUGCCUCGCGCCUUGCCUCGGAUGUGCUGUGGAGCGAUCCAGUGGGGGAUCCAGGCUUCCAGCCCAACGUGGCGCGCGGCGUGGGCAUGUGCUUUGGCCCCGAUAUCACCGAGCGUUUCUUGAACCAGAAUGGCCUGCGCCUGGUGUUGCGGUCACAUGAGGGCCCAGAUGCGCGAGAGGGGCGGGAUGACAUGCAGCCCAUGAGCGGCGGGUACACACUCGACCACGACACCCCCGCGGGCAAACUCAUGACCGUCUUCAGGCAUGCAAUGGGGCUCAGGAACGCCCCCGACUACCCGCAGUUCAUGCCGGAGGAGGCAGAGCGGUACAACAAUCUGGCCGCGGUGGCGGUGCUGAUGGCACCUGAUUGGGCCACCCCCACCAUGCGGCAGUUUGCAGCGGCUCACCCGCGGCCAGAGGCGCAGCCCUACUACGACCUGUAUGUGCCAGACAGCGACGAGGAGUUUGAGCCGGCAGCCAGCAGCGCGAGUGGCAUGACAGACGUCGAGCGCCCCAGCGCCUCGACCAUGUCGGUCGCUAGCGGCGCUGGCACCUCGCAGCAGCCGCCGUUGCAGCAGCUGCCGACGGCGGAGGCAGACAGCAUGGAGGCGGCAGGCGCAGCAGCAACGCCUGCUGCACAAGAGACGAGCAGCAAGUCGGAGGAGACGGCCGUGGUAGCCAUGGCUGAGGCCGUGGGGGAGGGCAGCAGCCGCAGCAGGCCGCCCAUACAACCAAUCCGAGUGGCGGCGCAUCUGCAGCAUGGGGCGGCAUCUGCAGCACGGGGCGGCAAGCGAGUUAGGGAGGCUGCCGCCGUUGCGAAUCUCGCAGCAGAGCCCCCUUGUCCUCCUGUUUAG